AUGCUACAGGGUGACUGUAUCGAGCGGCAGCCGGACCACAUAGUGGUGGCGGUAACACUAUCGGAGGAAGGCAGAGGUCUUAUCCAAUGGACGAUCAGCCGAUGCCAGCCCGGUGACGUCAUCUACGUCCUCCACGUCAUCGUGCCGGCCACCGACGGUACGCGCUAUACCUUCUGGCAGGCGCUCGUGCCUUUCGACCGCGCGCGCCCGCCGCGGUUGGAGGAGAUGCGCGAGGACCAGCGGCGGAAGCUGGAGAUCUUCUCCGCGCUGCUGUGGGGCUUCGAGGCUCUCUGCGACGAGAAGAAGGUGGCGGCGUCGGUGCGCGUGGUGCACGGCGCGUGCGAGGAGCAGGCGGUGGCGGACGAGGCGAGGCUGCUGGGGGCCACGCGGGUCGUCGUGCACAAGGACGGCAUGGGUCGGCGCUUCUCCCCGCGCGCGCUGGAGCAGCGCCUUCCGCCCGCCUGCAUGGUGCUCUUUGUCGGCGGGGGCCGCCUCGCGCUCGCGAAGCGCGGGAAGGGCGGAGUGGGCGCGGCGGUGGGCGCAGCGGAUGGAAAGAGCGCGGGGAACAGAGCAGCAGCAGCGGCUGACGCCACGCCCAACGGCCACCGCCCGCUCUACAUCCCGCUUAUGCACCUCUCCCCCCUAACCCCCUCACUGCUCCCAUGCCAAUUCGUUGCCAUUGCAGCAGCGGGUGACGCCACGCCCAACGGCCACCGCCCGCUCUACAUCCCCCUUAUGCGCCUCUUCGGUAGCAGCAAGGACCGCGACGGGUACAGGGUCGAGGGCGGCGCUGCCAAGGGCGGUGCCGGGGAGAAGGCGAAGGUCGGCGCGAGGGAUAGCGUGAGGGAGAGGGAGAGGGAAGUGAAGGCGGCAGGCAUUACCUCGUCUUGUGCUCGCUCUAACCCAUACCAGGGCAGCAGCAGCAGAAGUGUGAGCGGUGCAGGAGCGUCGCCAUACCCCACUGCACGCAGUGCAAUACAUGCGGGCAUGAACCAGGCUCAGCCAUUGAUGGGUAGCGGCAUCAGCCGCAGCGGACCCCUCUCGUACCAGCAUGCCGCAGCGGGCAGCGCCGGGAGCAUGAGCAUGAGCGGCCGGCAAGACCAAUCAGCAGCAGUGGCGGCAGCAGCGGCGGGAGGGAGCGGGGGGGCGCGCAGGUUGGCGCAGCUGCCGCGGUCCAACUCGCUCACGAGCCUGCGCCAGCACACGGCCGCGCCUACUCCCAAGCCGUCCAUUGCUCAGCGCGCUCUCUCCCUGCUGCAGGGCGACGUCUCCUUUCCCCGCAGGCCAUUUGCCCCGGGCAAGGCGCGCAGCGUCUGCAGCUCCCCGCGCGCCUCCUCCCCCCACUCCACCUUCUUCUCCUCCUUCUCCGCCUCCCGCCCCUCCUCCCCCCGCGCCUCCCGCCCGUCUUCCCCCCGCUCCUCCGCGUUCAACCCGUUCUUCCCCUCGUCCCCGCGCUCCUCCCGCCCCUCCUCCCCGCGCGCCAGCGCAGGCAACCCGCAGUCCUCCCCCUUCAUCUCCCCCCGCGCCACCGCAACCAAUCCCUUCUUCCCCCCCUCCUUUGAACCGUCGCACAUGCGCGUGCAGCGGUCAGCGUCGUUUGCGGGUGUGAGCGCCGUGGCGGCGACCCUGGCGCAGCAGCUGGGGUGGGAGCACGAAGCGGAGGCGGCGGAGGAGGAGGAGGAGCGCAAGGCGCGCGAGCAGGUGCGCAGGGGGCGAGAGGUGGCGCAAGGGGGCGAGGGGCAGCAGAGUGCUCAGAACGAACUGAACGCGCGACUGGUGAGGCUGCAGCAGCAGCAGCAGCAGCAGCAGCAGCAGCAGCAGAUGGAGCAGGGUAGGGGAGGGGUGCGAGGAGGCGAAGGGAAGGUGAGCUUCUAUGUGGGUCAAGGGCAACAGGAAGAAGCGAUGGUAAGAGCGGAUAUCGCUACUGGUACUCGUGAUGCUACCAUUGCUGACCGCGCUGGCUGUGCUGACCGUGGUGCAAGUGCUAACGGUGCAUGUGCUGAAAGCGUUGACUGCAUUGACUGGGCCAACCGUUGUGACGUGGAAACUGCAUCCUCCUCUUCCUCGUCCUCUGACGAUUCUUCUGAGCGUGGGGAUGCCAUUAACGCGGAUGGGUUGGAUGAUGCCAAACAGGGUACAGUGCACCACUGUAGCUUCCCCUCUAUGGACGCGUCAGAUGCCGCCCAGCCUGUUCUCGAGUCGUUCUGCUCUGACAUAUCUGCCACGUCAGCUGCCACGUCAUCCUCCGCGUUCUCGUCUCGUUCAGGGGCGUCCUCCCAUUGGACGGACAUCCCCAGCAGCGGUUCCCUCUCAACCCCAGCUU